GUAAUUUCGAAAGAGAACAAACGUAUUUUAUAUAAGAACAAUCGAAAAUGAAUAUUUACGAGUAAUUAAGGACGAAAAAAUAUUAAAAAUUGCAAUCGAGGGGCUAACUUGUAGAUAUAUUUUUAAUAUUUUUUUUUAAAUUAAUAAAUGGGGAACAAACAAUUAUUAACAGUGAACAAUCAAGAACAAAUGAUGAACAAACGAAUUAAUAGAAAAUAAGUAGAAAACAGGAAAAAAAAUUUUUUUUGAGGGGCUAACUUCAUUCACCUCACCAUAGACCUGGUUUCCUACUUCAGUGACGUACACAGAUUAAACCAUAGAUUAUUCACUAUAAUCGAACACUUAAUAUUUGAGACUUACGUAUGUGCAUCGGUACCUACCUCUAAAGUUGUUGUGGUUUUUAAAAUAAAAAAUAUAUUAUAACUUUUAGAAGUAAUACAGAAACUUGUUAAUAUGAAAUAUAUGUAAUCGUCACAUUUAUUAAUGACACUAUUAAUCGGUGAUUAUGUGGCACGAGGCAAGAAAACAAGAGCGUAUGAUACGUGGAAUGAUCGUGGAUUAUCGUAGGAGAGCUGAGCGGCGUAAGGAUUUCUACGAAAAAAUCAAAGCAGAGCCAACACAGUUUUUACAGCUACAUGGAAGGCCAUGUAAAAUACAUUUGGAUCCUACAAUUGCUGCUGCUGGAGAAGGUCCAGCUAUAAUGAUGCCAUGGCAAGGUGACCCGAGCAAUAUGAUUGAUAGAUUUGAUGUGAGAGCUCAUUUAGACUGCAUACCAGAAAUUAAAUAUCCCUAUGUGCCUCCAGAGGAUUUAAGUUCAGAAGAAAGACAAUGCAAUUAUGAGCGUUAUAGGAUUCUUGCACAAAAUGUUUUUCUAGGAAUAACUGAAGAAAAAUUCCUCCAACAACUUGAAAUUGAAGAACAAUUUGGAGUAACAAUAGAAGAAAAAGAGUUUCAAAAGGAAAAAUUAAAUGAAAAGAAAGGAACUGGUGCAGCAAUAGCUUACAAUUAUAAUGAUCCAGGCUCGCAACCUUCCACUUCAAAUGGCCCGGAGGUCAAAAAAACUGAACAGAAGGAAUCUGAUGAUGACUCUGAUUUGGAAAUGAUCGAUGUAGACCUAAGCAUAGAUGUCAAUAAAAUGGAACCUUCACAGGCCCAUGAGCUGAAUGCAGUUGGACCACAAUUUGGCAUGGCCGGCUGUGAUCUGUUCUCAUUUCUGACUGGUGAUGCUGAUGAUGCUGAACACCAAAAACAAAUGUUGAGAGAAGAAAAAGAAAAGGCUAUGUACUCUGGAAGGAAAAGCCGAAGAGAAAGACGAGCGCAUCGUGAUAAAAAGUUGGCGAGUCGCAAAAUGAGUCCACCGAGCUACGCGGCGCCGCGCACCGAGCCGCGCCGCUCCGUGAGUCGCUCCGUCAGCCGCAGCCCAUCGCCUGACGCACCAGAAAAUAUCGAGUUCAUCACCUCCUUCGGCGGAGACGACGAAGAAACCAAACCGCCUCCAACCCAAAAACAACUGUAUUCAGAGAAGUUAAAACAUAACUUAAAGCGAACAGAGCUGUAUUCUGAAGUGGCUCGUAAAACAUCAACCAGGUUUUCGCGUGAACGAAAUGAGCGGGAACGUUCACGGCCGAUAGGACCUCAACUGCCCGACUAUCGAUCCAGGUCUCGGUCUAAAUCGAGGGCUCGUUCAGAAAGUUCGAGAAGCUCUCGCUCCACAUCGCGCUCCCGCUCCCUGCGCCGCUCCCGCUCACGAUCCCGCUCCCGCUCACGCUCCCCGCGCCGCUCCCGCUCACGCUCACGCUCCCGCUCUCCGCGGCGGUCUCGCAGCCCCGCCUCCCGCAGGAGACGGUCUGGAAGCUCUGUCACUAGUGACAGAGAAGCCGCGAGCAAACCCGUACCUCGGUACUACGGACGUCGGAAGGAAGAUAAGUCGUCCAGUGAUCUGUCCAUGGACUCCGACUCCAGCGAUACCGAUGAUGACACUAACAAGUCUUCAGUUGGAAAUAAAUCAAAUACAAACCAGAAUCAGUUACGAUUGUCUGGAUCCGGCUCCAAAGUCAGGAACGAUGCGCGAUACCAUUACAUUAAAAGAAAAAUUGAAAAGGAAAAUGCAGGUGCAAUUAUCAAGGCAACUCCGGGCAGACAAGAAGGCUGAGGCGGAACGCAUCGAACGAGAGAGCCGGCGGCAGGCGCGCCGAGACGAAGAGAUGAGGGAGUUGGCCAUCAAAUUGAGGCGCAAGUCUGUUUCCAGUCCGGAUUUAUACGAUAGUUUCUCGAAUACAAACAGCUGAUGCCAAAGUUUUUUUUUUGCUUAGUUGGGCGGACGAGCUCACAGCCUACUUGAUGUUCGGUAGUUACUGGAGCCCAUAGACAUCCACAACGUAAAUGCGCCACUCACCUUAAGAUAUAAGUUCUAAGUCUCAAGUAUAAUAGUUAGAUUAGCUUGAGGUGAUUUCCACGAAACAAGAGGCCGAACUGUAAAUCGAGUCUCAAAAGUUACACAAAUUUUUGAGAAGUAUGUCAGUUGUGGUAUAUAUCGGCGAGAGCUUAUACAUGCCCAGUACAAAUUUACAGUAAUUACAACACAGAUAGUAUUCAUAACGAUAAAUUUACACAGCAAGUUUCUCGCGAAUACAAACGACGGAACUAUUUACGAUUAUAAUGAGUUACGGCCGACCUGAUGAUGAUUGGUUACCGUCGCUCACGGACAGCAGCAAACCGCUACCUACUGGUAAAAUUUUACUGUAUUUAUUUGAUUAUUUAUUAAACGAAUAGCGUAUACAAUUUACUAUGUUUUGACAACGAUAUAUGUUUAGACAACGUGAAAUGCGACACCUGCAGAACAGACAGUCCAGCGAAGAGGGAUCCGAUAAAAGCCGAAGCGGUUCGUCUUCAAGGUGAAUAGAACUAUUAAAAUUUUACUUAACUUUGAUUGAAUGCUAAUAUACGCUACAUGAUAUAUCCAAUUGGUACACAAUAACAUUUAUUAAUGUGUAACUGAAAAAUAAGGAACAUAAUAAAUGAAUAUGCAAUUUCGAAAAAGCCACAUCCCUGAAAAUGUAAAAUGUUCAAGAAAUGAAAAAAAAACUAAUUAUUUUCUAAAGCAGUGUAAAAUUUAAAAUAUUAACUUUCGAGAUAUAUUUUAGUGUUAAUUAGCAAUUUAAAAUUACUGGAAUUAUUAUAAAAUGGGUGUAGGUAAGCCUCAAAACUACAUGUAUAUGAAAAAAACGUAUUUGACAAAAUAUGCGACAUGUGCCCUUUUUCGAAAUUGCAUAUUCAAAUGUACUGUUGUAUGUGGAUAGAACGUCACCCGACAGAGAGAAGGCAAAAGAAAAAAGUCGUUCAAAGAGUCGGUCUCCGGAAGCGAAGCGGAUCGCUGUCUGGGAGCCUCACCGAGAGACCCAGCUCCGCACCAGAUCAAUACAGGACUGCGGAGAGACAUCGUCUCAAGAACGAAGAAAAUACCCAGAGCACUCCGACGCGAGCAACAAUCAGAGCGAAAGACUUCAAAAUUAUCAACGGCACGACAAGCAAAGGGAACACUCUAGAAAUUACGGCAGCCAGUAUCAAUACGAUGACAGGACGAAUUACGGAUACGGCAGGAGACCUUUUAGCCAUCGAGGUGUACAGAGACCAAUCUCUGGGCACGGCAGCGGAUACGGACCAAUAGAUGAACACGGCGAUGGUCCAUCGAAAUGGCCCCGAACUGAACCCAACGAAAAAGAGGGUAGUUCCUCAAAAAGCAAAGUAAAACUUGUAGACUACUGACGUUUAAAAUUUAAAUGGAAUUAGUAUCUGAAGCAUAAUUUUUAGGUACCUAAUAAUUUUCACAUAUCUAUUUUCUGUAGGUUGUCUAACUGUUCUAAAGUAUUCGAAUUAUCUUGUUGUAAUCGCGGUAAGAGUUUCCCGGGAAUUAAUUGUAUCAAAAUAGCCUAAGUCUUCCGAUUGAAUAGCUAUUGUUCGAACAAUAUAAAGUAGCGCCCAAUAUUAGAUGUGAUUUUAGAUGUAUGUCUGUCUACUUUUGAAUUAUUCAGUCAAGGCAAUCUAUCUGUUGAGCAAUGAUGAUAAUUAUAUCUACAAUAUCUAAUAUGAAUUUGGUUCAAUUCAGUUCUUUUUUUUAUUUAAGGUGAAAUGUAGUUUAUUUUUAAAAAUAAAACUUAUCCAAAAUUAA